GACCAGAAAAAGAAGUGGUUUCAAUAUACAAUGAUAAGUUCACCACGCCACCAAGCAGACCUCAAUAUUUCAUCGAAGUGUAUCGCUGUGUUAACGUUGAGCUGGGCGAAUGCUCUAAUGGUCCUAAUGCCUAUCCCGUGCCAAAGAAAGUGGAAGAAAUUGAGAUAUUGGUUCCGGACAUAACAAACAAAGUUCGAGAUCCUAGUAGUAAAAAGAAUUUUUAUAAAUAUGUGGUUUAUAAUCACACCGAUUGUAAAUGUGGGAAUUUAAAAUACAGGACCAGAAAAUUGUAUAAAAUCAUAACAAAUAACAAAGGUUAGUCAAACUUACCACAUGUUUUGUCAUUAAAUUUUUUUUUAGAAAAUAUAUUUCUCUUAUAAUUUUAUGGUUUCUCUUAUAAUUUCAUAAACGAAUCCGCAUAAAGCAUGUUUAUAUAGGUUGAUGGCAACAGUGGCGUAACGUUAUAUCACGGGGCCCCCGGUUCAAAAUUUUCGAAGGCCCCCCCCCCCAUAGUAGAAAUGCAGAAUGCACGAGUUGAGCGCCGUAUAUGCACGAGUUUUCCGGAAAAUUUUUGAAUCUAGACUCUCUGAAAUGCCAUUUCCCGGACUUUGGGGAGAGAUUUUACAGAAUUCUGAUGGUCAGAAAACGACAUUGUAACAUAUCGGAGGCCCUGGCCAAUGUAUUUGCUCUACGGACUGAGUCUGGGGGCCCCCAUUUGGCCCAUUGGAGUUGGGGGCCCCCGGGUUCUCCCGGUCUGAGCCCAUACUAGUUACGCCACUGGAUGGCAAUAUGAUUAAGGGAACAAUUGAACUCUCCUCUCAACAUGCUACACUGAAUUUCAAGGUUAGGAUUAAACACAAACGUUGAGUUGAACAUACGAUACUGAAUGCCAAGAUCCUAUAGGGUAUUGUUAGUUGAUGACCACCAAAUUUGCCUAUAGUGGAGAUCUAACUUUAAAUGUAGGUUGUGCUUGUUCGUUGUUGCACCUGAAGGGUUUUUCAUCACGAUCUUUAAGUCAGGUUUCCUCUCUAGCUCAAAAAUACCAUCCCACUUUGGUUGUAAGCCAUGGUAGCGAUACGAGGUGCAUUACACAGCCCUCGAUGCACCAUGCAGCGUUUCAUAGUUGCAUCCUUCAUAAAUCAGUUGUUACCUGCAUGGAAAGGUGAUUAUUAAACCGUAUAAUUUUAAUCUGCGUGUAUCUUUUUUGCAGUGUCAGAAGUUUAAUUUAGUGCAAAUUAUUGUUGCAUCCUUCGUAAUUCAGUUCUCAGCUGCAAGAAAACGUGAUUAUAAAACUAUAACUUUAGUUUAUGUGAAUUUGUUUUUUGCAGUUUCAGAAGCAUAUUUCAAAGCAGGAUAUUCGAACAACCCAGUCAAUCUGGUACGUGUGUGUGACGUGUGCAACAUUCCUCAACCAAGAUAUCUGCUCACGCCACGGCAUGCAAUAGUUACGCCGCCGUUUAAAUAUCUGGGGUACCAAUUAUGUUUGCCUGGCUGCAUAGCGGUAAAGCAGUCCAUAUCUAAUGUCGAAGUUAUGUGGACGAUCGGUAAAUUGAAGUUCAUCCCGCUAAUGAAUGAUAUUUUUUGCAAGGCUUAUGAUGGAAUAAAGCUUUACAACGAAUUCAAAAAUACAGAAAAUCUAGAAGGAUUGUCAGAAGAUCCAGCUAAACUCCCUUAA